GAAAUCAUGUCAAUUGUACUACUCUGAGAGUUGUUGGGAUAUAUCGAAUGAAUGGCAAAAGUUUCAAUGAGAGACUUUGGAUGUCGAAGCCAUGGAAAUUGGGAGAGCAAUUAAUCCAAGUUGUGAAUUAUACGAGAGAGAGAGAGAGAGAGAGAGAGAGAGAGAGAGAGAGAUGUGUUUGCGUGAAUGUGAUACGGUUACGGUUUUAAUGGAAGAGAAAUGAAAGGUGAAUGAUAGCAAGACAAUGAAGCGUUGCUAGCUGCUAUGCAGAUGCCUGUCCAUGGUGAAAAUGCAGCUAGGUGACAUAGACGGAGCAGUAUAUCAUGCCGAUAAAGCGAUCGAAGUAGCGCCAUCGAUCGGGUUCAACUGGAUGUACCGCUGCGUUCUGCUAGAGAAGCUGAAGGAAUUCACAAGAGCACUAGCCGAUGCCGAUCAGCUGCUGGAGCUCGAUCGUCUAAAUCCUCAAUAUUGGAGAAGGCGAUCGUGGGUCCGGAUGUUGCUCAAGGACCAUUCUGGGGCCCUGUCUGAUGCAGAUGAAGCACUCCUCCUGGCACCAAAUCAUUCUUGGACGCUACUCCACAGAUGUGAGCUGAAGAAGGAGUUGAAGGACUACUCCGGAGCGUUGAGAGACAUCGAGCAGGCUGUCAAAUGUGGACCUUCGCUGGCCGAAAACUACUGGAGGCAGGCAUUGCUGAAAGAUCUGCUCGAAGACUGCGCUGGAGCUGUUGCGGACUUGGACAGGGCCAUUGCUCUUGCGCCUUCGAAACACAAAAGCUGGAUGCUCCGCAGCCUCAUGAACCAAAAGGUCGGACGACAUCAAGCAGCGCUCGCUGAUGCUGAACAGGCAGUGAAACUGGGCUCCACGGAGGUCGAGUGCUUUCACCGGCGGGCAGAGGCGAGGGAAGCUAUGGGAGACUACGUCGGAGCGAUGUCAGAUCUCAACAAAGCCAUAUACCUCGACUCCUCCGACUGCCGAUUGCGGCAGCUGCGGUGCGACCUGAAGCUGAUACUGAAGGACUUCUCGGGAGCCCUGGCCGAUGCCGAUGCAGCGAUCAAACUCAAUCCUCCAGAUGCUGCAAACUGGGAGAGAAGAUCCGAAGUGAAGGAGCGCAUGAAGGAUGAUGAAGGAGCCAUGGCCGACCUCGACACAGCGGUCUCUCUGGCGCCUUCCGAUCACAGGUACUUGCAAACUCGGAGCGACCUGAAGAGGAAGUUGAUCGACUUCAAAGGAGCGCUGGCCGACAUCGACAAGGCAUUGGAGCUCGAGCCUUCCGUGGCAGAGAAUCGUUGGAGAAGGGCCUUUCUCAACUUACUGGUGGCAGAUUACGAGGGAGCCAUUGCUGACGCCGAUGAGGCUGUUUUUCUGGCACCUUGUAAGGACUGGAUCUGGCACGAUCGGGCUCUUCUGAAGAUGCAUAUGCAGAACUACACAGGAGCCCUGGAAGAUGCAAUCAAGGCAGUGGAGUUAGAUCCGUCAGAAGCUGCCAACUGGAGAACGAGAUCCAUAAUCAAGGGUAUGCUCAAAGACUACGAGGGUGCAAUAACUGAUGCCGAUGUGGCUAUUUCGCUGGCUCCUUCCAUCUGUAAAGUGUGGCAGCUGCGGAGUGAUUUGAAGCGGAAGCUGAAGAGGUACGAUGAUGCAUUCGUUGAUGCAGAGAAGGUGAUCGAGCUCGAGCCGCAUAAGUCCGAGAACUGGUCGAGAAGGUCUAGGAUGAAGAAGCUGUUGGGAGACCUUGCGGGUGCGCUUGCCGAUGCAGAGAUUGCAGUAUCCCUGGAGCCGACGAAAGCUUGGCCUUGGCAUGAACGAUGUCUCCUGAAGCUGCACAUGGAUGACAUUGCUGGAGCACUGAUGGACUCUACCAAAGCCAUCGAACUCGAAGCUACAGAAUCAUCAUACUGGAGGACCAGAUCUUUGCUCCGAGAGCUAAUGUCAGACCACAUGGGCGCCAUAGCCGAUGCCGACAAAGCCAUUGCGCUAGCACCGUCGAACUGUGGUAUCUGGCAAUUUCGGAGUGAUGUGAAGCGUAAAAUCAAAAACUAUGUGGGGGCUUUGGCUGAUUCAGAUCGUGCACUCAAUAUCAUCCCCACAGAUCCUUCCAACUGGGCCAGGAGGUCACGGUUGAGAGAGGCUUUGGAAGACCAUACUGGAGCUCUGGCCGAUGUAAACGCUGCAUUAGAAUUUGCACCCACAGUUGCAGAAUACUGGAGGCUGAGGAGCUUCAUCAAGUUCUCAAUCGAAGAACAUGAAGACGCACUAGCAGACGCGGAUCGAUCGGUUCAACUGGAUCCGUUAGAUUCCAUGAACUGGCAGGAGAGGGGUGUACUGAAAAGACUCAUGGGGGAUCACCCGAGCGCGGUCAUGGAUCUUAACAAAGCUUUGGAGCUAGAGCCUGAUGACUACGAGUGUCUCAAGCAUCGAGCCUACCUGAAGUUUCUCCUCGGAGAUGAGUCUGGUGCUCGCCAAGAUGCUGACAAAGCCACAAAGUACUACGAGGAUUCUGAUCUCAGCAGUGGAUGCUUUGGGGUUCUUCCUGUUGAAUUCCUAACGUACAAACUCAAAUGAUCCGCCAUCGAUAGCUCCUUCUAUCAAUUUUGAGUGCAAGUUGGUGAUACGUGUACAUAGCUAGGAAUAGUGCCUCUAUGGUCCUCCAAAAUUGCAAUACUUAAAAUGACUCAAAAUAAGAAAAGUGUACAAAACUUCGAAACAAACAUGACUCUGAAGGACUGUAUUGUCAACUGCGUGAGGAUCUAACGAAAAGAUGUGCAGGUUUGCUAGAAAGAAUCCAGAGAUGGUUGGCCCUACCAAGGUCACAACUUU